GGGAAGAUAAAAGGGUCACGUGAGGGAACUGAAGUGCGCGCACAUACACUCGCACAUUUCCCUUCCCCCCAGCACGCAGCAGUGGUGCGAGGACAGCGAGGCAAGCAGGAGCGCAGACAAACGACUCAAAGCAGCAGCGAGUAAAAAUAGCGCGUCAGACCCAGCUGCCGAGAGGAAGCACAGAGAGAGAGAGACGGAGAGAAGGCAGAAGCAUGAGGUGAGGAAAAAGGGCCAGCGUUCUGCCUAGCAACACACACAGAGCCGUAGAAGAUCUCCACUCCGAGCCCCGGCAGUCUCUGUUAGGGUCCCACCUUCAAGAAUGACUAAUCUGCACGAGGAGGAGUCUUAAAAAACACGAGGCCACGUUCUCCGCUGCAGGGAAAAACGGAGCUCGGAGGGGGAAAAAGCUUUCGGCUUUCAGACGGGUUCUGGACGGCGCUAAACGAUGUGGACCAGAGAGCAGCACGAGUCGAGCUGCCAGCACGUGCCGGAGAUAUCGAGGCACACCCAUGGCGAGCGUGGCGUUAUCUCCCACCGCCAAAUUCCCUGCUGAGAAAGGUCUUCUUCCCUGGGGGAACCAUGCAGUGCAGGCGUCGGCAUUGCUAUGCGCGGAUCGCGGGAUUGCUGGCUUUCCUGGGAUGCGUCGUUCUGAUCCUCUUCGUCCAACACAUCUGGCUGACGAGGCUGAAAAGCCACAUCACCACCCAGCCGACCUUCAAGAAAGAGGCGGAGACGCUCCCUUCGCCGACCAGGUUCCUGGCCAACGGUACCCUUGUCUCCACUCAGCCGGCGCUCAGAAGCGUCACGGGAUCUAACCGGAGUUUAGCCAAGGAGGAAAACGCAGAAAGCAUCCUGAAAGUAGAACCCUACAAGUACAUCAUCAACGAGCCGGACAAGUGCAGGAACAAUAAGACUUUCCUCGUGCUGCUGAUCCCGGUCGAACCGCACAAUUCUGAAGCCAGGAACGCCAUCAGGCAGACGUGGGGCAACGAAAGCAUGGCUGAAGGAAUAGUACGGCUCUUUCUGAUGGGCGUGAAAAACACCACGAGGGAUCCCGGGAUGCGCGAGCUACAGCUGCGCUCCCUCAGGUCAGAAAGUCAGCAACAUCGCGACAUGAUCCAGCAGGACUAUGUCGACUCGUACUACAACCUCACUAUCAAGACGCUGAUGGGGAUGCACUGGGUGUCCAGGUACUGCCCCAAUGCCAAGUACGUCAUGAAAGCGGACAGUGACAUGUUCGUCAACACGGAGUUCCUCAUCGAGAAACUCCUUAAAGCCAACAUUCCCAGGGAGAUGUACUUCACUGGGUACCUCAUGCGAGGCUACAAGCCCAACCGGAACAAGGACAGCAAGUGGUACAUGCCUCCAGAGCUGUACCCCAGCGGGAGCUACCCCACGUUCUGCUCGGGAACCGGGUACGUCUUCUCCGGCGACAUGGCCAAGAGGAUCUACACCACGUCCCUGAGCAUACGCAGGCUGCAUCUGGAAGACGUCUACGUGGGACUCUGUCUCUCCAAAAUGAACAUCGAGCCCAUGCUGCCUCCCAACGAGUUCCUCUUCAACCACUGGAAGGUUUCCUAUUCCAGCUGCAAAUACAGCCAGCUGAUCACCUCACACGAGUUCCGUCCCAGCGAGCUGCUCAGGUACUGGCAGCACCUCCAGAAAAACAAGGACCGAGCCUGCAAAAUGUCCAAAGGACAGAUGAACAAGAACGCCAAUGUGGAGACGCUUCAUCAGGCCAAAGCGGUGCUUCGUUCUAACGGGAAGUGACGGAGCUUCAGCUCUUUCUGUUCAGUUCUCAGUGGAAUCUCCAGCACCAAUGUCACCAAUGAACUGUUUUUGGUAGUAAAACGCUGUGUUGUAUCACAAGUAAGAUUAAACACUGUUUGUAAGUGC